CCGGACCUGACUAAACUAAACUAAACUAAACUAAGCUAAGAUAAACUAAGCUAAGCCAAGCCGUUUGAGCAGGGCGGGUCCCUGGGAUGGCGGGCCCGGGGCUGUGCCCGGCAGCGGGCGGUGCGCGCCGCGGGGCUGGAGCGGGGGAGCCGCGCCCGGCAGCGGCGGUGCCGCACGGCCCCGGAGCCCCGGGCGGUGCGCGGGGUGCCGGCAGCCCUGGGCCGGGUGAGCGCUGCGCCGGGCCCGGUGGGGACGCGAGGCUGGGCCCUGUCAGAGGGUUUGCUGGAGGGACGGGAAAUUGAGAGCUGCCACUCCCGAGGGAGUGACCUUCGGCCGGGCUGCUCGGUAAUUUCGGUAAUUGGGGCUUUCCAGCCCUGCACACACCCGCUGUAGCAGCUGGACAGGCGCUGUGCCUCCCUGCCGAGCUCGGGCAGGCAAGCCCUGCCGCAGUUCGAGGCUGUGCUUCCACGAGGCUGGCUGUCACCCUGUGAAAUGCCGGGGCUGAACGGGACGGGGCGUGCUGUCGGCAGGAGCCGUGUGCCCGCAGGGAUGGCCGGCGGGAGCCAGGAGCGGAGCCUGCGGGAGGAGCUGACCUGUGCCAUCUGCUGCGAGCUGUUCAGCGAGCCCGUCAUGCUGGACUGCAUGCACCACUUCUGCAGGGGCUGCAUCCUGCAGUACUGGGACAGCUGCGGCCGCGGCCCCUCGUGCCCGCAGUGCCGCCGCCGCUUCCCCAGCCGCGCCGUGCGCUCGCACUACCUGCUGGCGGGGCUGGUGGACAAGGUGCGCCGCUGCGGCUCCCAGCAGCACCGGCACGACAUGCGGAAGCACCUGGAAGAUGCUUUGCAGGCUCGUCAGAAGGAGAUGGAGAGCUUGCUGCAGAGGAAGCGUGUGGUGCAGGAGGACAUCUGCAGCCUGACGAAGGUGUCUGGGGAGCUGAACUUCAAGAUUCGGGCUGAGUUUGCUCGCCUUCAUCAGAUCCUGGAGGAAGAGGAGAGAGCUGUGCUGGCAGAGCUGGGUGAGAAGGAGGAGCAGUCACUGGCCCAGCUGCACAGGCACGUUGGCCAGCUGGAAGAGGGGGUGGCAGUGCUGCAGAGGGACAUCGAGCACAUCAAGCAGACCCUGAGCAAGAUGGAAGAUGUGUCACUGCUGGAGGUGGAGAGCCUGGAUAUCAGGCCCUCGGUGCAUGUUGAGCCCCAGCCUGCCCUGGACCUGCAGCACUACAGGGACAGCCACAGUGGCCCCUUGCAGUACAUCUUCUGGAGGCGGAUGCUGCGCUCCAUCUGCCCUGCUCCUGCCCCGCUCACCUUUGACCCCGAGUCAGCCCACCCCAACCUGGUCCUGUCCAAGGAUCUGACAGCAGUGACAGAGAGGAGCCGAGCCCAGCCCGUCCCCGUCAGCCCUCGGCGCUUCCGUCAGUGCGUCAACGUGCUGGGCUCGCAGGCCUUCCGCGGCGGCCGGCACUACUGGGAGGUCUGGGUGGGCAGCAAAACCAAGUGGGACCUGGGGGUGGCUGCCGAGGCUGUGGACCGGGCAGCCAAGGUCAAGCUGUGCCCAGAGAACGGCUACUGGACGCUGCGCCUGCGGAACAGGACGGAGUACUGGGCCGCUGCCAGCCCCUGGGUGCGCCUGGCCCCCCGCCAGCCCCCGCGCAAAGUGGGCGUCCUGCUGGACUGCCAGGAGGGCACCGUGGCCUUCUUCGAUGCUGGGGACAUGUCCCACCUCUUCACCUUUCACCAGGUCUCUGCAGAGAGAUACUGCCCCUUCUUCAGCACCUGCUUCAGUGACGGGGGGGACAACGUGGAGCCCAUGCGCCUCUGUCACCUGGCCCUGUGAGGGACGCCGGCCUGGCUCCUGCCCAGGGCUGCGCUGGAGGCCAGCUCUGCACACACAAGCCUCAGGGGUUUGGAGGAGCUGUUUUGGUUUCAGUUUUGGGAGGAAGGAGGGGAUGAGUCUCUCCCCGGUGCUGUCUGCCCUCCCCUGUGCCGUGGCUGUGGCUGCCACAAGGCACUCACAGGGGAUCCUGGCCCCCUUUCCCGAGCACAGCACAGUGACAGCACCACGGGGCUGCAGCGGAGGGGGCUGUGUUGCCGGCACCUCCUGCCUCUCUGUGCUCCCACCAUAAGCCCCUGGAGGAGGGCAGCGGUCCCGGGGCACCCUGGGGUGCCCCUCAGCCCCGCAUCCCGGCCAUGGCAUCCCGUGCUGGAAGAGCUUCCCGGGGCAGCGCUCCGGGCCGGCGGCAGAGGGAGCCCGGUGCGCGGUCCCUGGUUUGGCGCUAUUAAAGCUCCUUACAAAGCC